UGUAGAUGGCGCUUUAGCAAUAAAAAUGUGGUUGCUUUAUUUUAUUUAUUACGGUGUUUUCCAAACUUGGCAAAAAAACAUGGAGUGCUGGUAUUGUCACCCUGUUGAGUUUUAAAGCUUGCCUCCAAUACCUAGGUUUUCAAAGAAUCACUAUAUCUGAAUCUAUAGAGAAGGUUAUAUGUGGUGGUUUUUCUUGAGGAAUACUGGUGGUUUGUGCUGUUAUCACAUCUCCAGCAGUGGGGAAAACUUUCAGCAGAAACACUAGUCCCUGUAAUUUUAACUAACAGGGAAUAUUCUACCUCAUGAACCAUCUACCAGUUAAGCAGAUUCUCAUUCAGAGGAAUGUAAACUGAGCUUCAUUUAUAACUAAAAAUGAACUCUACAGAAGACAACAGAGAAAGAACACCAAAUACAAAUGAGGAAGAGCCUUCAAACAAACGAAAAAGGUCAGAAGUAGAAGUGGAAGAAGAAAACCAAGAGACACUACUAAAGAAACUUCUUAUGACAUUUCACCACACUGUCAGUGAGAGACUGGACAGUAUAGAAAAUCGACUUGAGUGUGUGACCAAUAGUUGUAAGGCACUGGAAGAAAAGUUGGAGGUUUUGGAUGCAGCAUGGAAAGAGAGUUCAUCCACACAACAUUUUAUAAGUACUGCAGGUUCCCCAGGUAGUGUUAGCUCUGAGGAAAGUGAGCACUGUGCAGUUUCUCUUGGCUCUAGUGUCACAUUCAUCACACUCAAUUCUGAAGGUGAGCUUGAAAUCUACCAUGAAUUUUUUGUUUUUACAACAUAUAAUGGUGUUAUGGAUAUCAUUAACCAUUUUUCUGCAUUUUCCUUUACAGUCUACUGCAUGAUAUCUCUUUCUUUGUGUGCAUUGUGUUGUGGAAUCUGCAUUCCAGCAUUCACUGCUUUAAAUCUGUAG